GAGGAGGUCAAGUCCUUCAAUACCAAAUAUCGGCUGGUGAGCGGAAACACCGAUCUGGAGGAGCUAUACGUCCAGUUCGUCGACAUCUUGGCUACCAAAGCGUCCGAGUUUCAGGAAAGGGACAGCGGCUGGGCGUUGGAGGAACUUCUCCAUUUAGAAAUAGGGAUUAACAAGUACAAUCCCCUAAGGGCGUCGUCCUAUGUUAGCCUGCCCAAGGAAAUCGAAGCCAAAAAAGCUGUUUUGAACUUGCAAAAUACGGACGAAAAAUGCUUUAUGUGGUCGAUCUUGGCUGCUCUUCACCCAAUUCACUGGACAAAUAACGCUAACAGGGUCAGUAACUAUGUAGAAUUUCAGAACGAGCUGGAUUUUACAGGUAUCGAUUUUCCCGUUAAACUUAAGGACAUAUCCACUUUUGAACGACUUAAUGAAAUUUCGGUCAAUGUCUAUGGCCUCGAGAGAGUCUAUAACAAAGUCCGUAAUGAUGUUGAGGUCGUUGGUCCUUUGCAUUUUACUGAAUCUCGUAAAGAGAGACAUGUAAACCUAUUAUUAAUUAGUAAUGACUAUGGAGAAAAUCAUUAUUGUUUAAUAAGAAGUAUGUCUCGGUUGGUUUCAAAACAAUUAACUAAAAGGUCCUCUACAAAGUUUUUAUGCGAUGGGUGUUUGGUUUAUUUUUAUAACGAAGAAAAACUAAAGCGUCAUAAAGAACACGACUGCACUCACAUUUCCAUCAAACUUCCGACCACCGAAUUGCGCAAGGAUAAAUACGGUAAAGAUGUUCCCGCGAAUAAGCUGAAAUUUGAAGAAUUUGAAAAGAAAUUAAAAGUUCCUUUUGUUGUGUACGCGGACUUUGAAACAGUCAUGACUCCUUUACAGGUGGAAGGCGAACCUAAUCCCGACAAAUCGUUUACCGUCAAAACUCAUAUUCACGAGCCUUACUCUUUCGCCUACUAUGUCAAAUGUGACUUUGACGAUUCCCAGUCUACUUUUAAACAGUACAGAGGUCGGGGCGCACACAAAAUUUUCAUUGAAUGGUUGGAGAGCGACUGCAAAGCGCUCUACAACAAGUUCAUGAAAACUUCCGUGCCCAUGACCACUCUAUCGUUUGAACAAGAGACCGGCUUUCGAAACGCUGUGGCUUGUCACAUUUGCGAGAAGCCAUUUAAUGCAGAGGACGAAAAAGUAAGGGAUCAUUGUCAUAUGACGGGCGAAUUUCGAGGUGCGGCUCACUUCACUUGCAACUUGAAUUUCAAAGUUCCGCGGCACAUCCCUGUCUUUUUUCACCAUUUAGGUUUCGACAGUCAUUUAUUUGUAAAAGUUAUGGCUGAAGAAGGGGAAAAGAUCGAUGUCAUCGCCCAAAACAAGGAACGUUACAUUUCCUUUACGAAACAUGUCCUAGUCGAUAACAUUGAGUCGGAGAAAGGAGGCAAAGGGAAAAGGGUAUUUUUAAAACUCCGAUUUUUAGAUUCAUUUCGAUUUAUGGCAUCCAGUUUGGACAGAUUGAGUCGAAAUUUGAACGAUAGUCAGUGUCGGGAAGUCAAAAAAUUUUUUAAAAAUGAACAAUAAUUUCAACUUAUUCGACAGAAGGGCGUUUUUCCAUAUACGUAUCUAGAUUCUUUUUCAAAAUUAGACGAAACCAAACUGCCAUCGCACGAGGACUUUUAUGACUCCAUGCGAAAGAGCAACAUAACCAGGGAGGAUUACAAGCGUGCCUGGACUGUGUGGAAUUUGUUCAAAUGUAAAACUUUAGGCGAAUAUUCAGAUAUUUAUUUAAAAUCCGACGUUUUACUUUUAGCCGAUAUUUUUGAAAACUUCAGAGAGGUGUGUCUGAAAACGUACGGUCUGGACCCGAGUCAGUUUUAUACGACACCGGGUCUAUCAUGGACGAGCGCCCUGAAGGCGACAAAGGUCGAACUGGACCUGUUGACCGACGUGGACAUGAUACACUUCUUGAAGCACGGUAUCCGCGGAGGAGUCAGUCAGUGUAGUGUGAGAAAGGCCGCGGCUAAUAAUAAAUUUUUACCUCAUUACGACCCUUCCAAACCUAUUUCUUACGUCAUGUACUUGGACGCUACCAAUUUAUACGGGGCGGCCAUGUCACAAUACCUCCCAACGGGAAACUUCGAGUGGUUGGAGGAGGGCAAAAUUCAAAAUUUAGAUAUUACGCGUAUCCCCAACGAUUCACCUAGGGGCUAUAUUUUCGAAGUAGAUUUGGACUAUCCGGAAGUGCUGCAUGACGCACACAACGAACUGCCUUUUUGCCCGGAAUCCAUCGUUUCGCCAAUCGCGAAAACCAAAAUGAGAAAACUUAUUCCAAAUUUAAACAAUAAACGUAAUUAUGUAUUGCAUUAUAGGAAUCUGCAACAGGCUUUAAGCAACGGUUUAAAGCUUGUUCGCAUCCAUCGCGUUCUUGUUUUCGAUCAAUCUCCCUGGCUAAAACAAUACAUAGACUUGAAUACGGCGAUGCGUAAUACAGCUAAAAAUAAGUUUGAAAAAGAUUUUUUCAAACUUAUGAAUAACGCUGUGUUUGGAAAAACGAUGGAAAAUGUGGACAAAAGGGUGGACGUGCGGCUCGUUUCCCAUUGGGAAAAUAUUGGGAAAAGGUUGGGGGCAGAAGCGUUAAUCGCGAGACCUAAUUUUAAAAAUGUCGCCAUAUUUAGCGAAAAUCUAGUAGCUCUCCAGAUGGAAAGGACUAAAGUCGUAUAUGAUAAGCCUAUUUACGCCGGAUUUUGCAUUUUGGACAUAUCCAAGACUCUCAUAUACGACUUUUUUUACGGCUAUCUAAAGGCUAAGUACGGCGACAAAGCCGUCUUACUCUACACCGAUACCGACAGCCUCGUUGUCCAAAUUUUUUGCGAAAAUUUCUACGAAGAUAUGAAAGAAAAUUUGGACAAAUUCGAUACUUCUAAUUACUCGGAGAACAACCAACACGGCAUUCCUGUAAACAAGUCCGUUCUUGGUAAAAUGAAGGACGAGUACGCAGGACGGCCGUUGUGGGAAUUCUUGGGUACGGGAGCGAAAGCUUAUUGCGUAAAUGUGGACGGCAACGAGUUGACCAAAAAGGCCAA